AUGGCAGCGCCAUCACAACCAUCCCGCCAAGAUGGGAUGGAAGGGAUGGCAAGACCGGAAGCAAUGAGGAUAAAAGGAUGGAUGGAUUUCAUUAUUACUCUCGUUGUGGUCAACUCAAAUUGUACUUUCUUACUAGUUGCUUUACUUAACAAGAUUGUUACUCGUUAG